UGAAAUUUCAGUUCUCAGAUGGAUUAUCUUCCACAAAAUUCCAAAUUUUAUCUUCUUCUCCUGUUUUUCUUUCUUCAAUUAUUAUUCUCCUUCAUUCUUUCCUCCGCCUUCUCUCCAGUAGACAAUUAUCUCAUUGAUUGCGGAUCCAACGGUGAUCUUACCGUCGACGUUGAUAACCGGCAGUUCGUUGGUGACUACUCCAAGCUCGGAUUGGUUUUCUUGCUUGUUACUCGAAGCAUUUCUCUCGAAGAUCAAAGCCCCUCUUUGGGUUCUUCCUCCCCUCUUUACCACACGGCUAGGGUUUUCACGAAACCCUCCACUUACGAGUUCGAGAUCAAGCAGAAGGGCAAUCAUUUGGUACGUAUCCAUUUCCGUACUUUGUCUUCGACCAGCUUCAAUCUCUCCAACGCUCUCUUCCAUGUCUCCGCCAAUCAAUUCUUGCUUUUGAGCGACUUCACCGGCCAUAGUCCGGCCGGGAACCCUAUUUUGAAGGAAUAUCUCAUCUGGGUCGAUAGUGAAAAACUUGUGAUUUCAUUCAUACCUUCCUCCGAUUCUUCGCUUGCCUUUGUUAAUGCCAUCGAAGUUAUUUCUGCACCCGGGGAUCUCAUUGCCGACACCGCUCGAUUGGUAAAACCUCAGGGAAUUGACGAUUACACUGGGCUGACCAAGCAGGCGCUGGAGACUGUUUACAGGAUCAAUGUUGGGGGUCCUAAAGUGACCCCUUUUAAUGAUUCCUUGUGGAGAACUUGGACUCCUGAUGUUGAGUUCUUGCAUUUGAAUGCCGCUUCAAAGACCGUUUACACCAGCGGCCGGAUUAAAUACCUCCCUGGAGGGGCAAGUCGUGAGGUUGCUCCCGACAGCGUUUAUAACACUGCGCGAGUUAUGAAUGAUGCUAAUGUUCCCAAACCUAAUUUUAAUAUUACUUGGAACUUCCCGGUGACUUCCGGCUAUCGCUACCUUGUUCGGAUGCAUUUCUGUGACAUUGCCAGUAUGUCCCUUAAUCUGCUUUACUUUGAUGUCUACAUCAAUGGGUAUUUGGCAUACAAAGAUUUGGAUCUCUCAGAGCUUACAGGCCAAGUGCUCGCCGCUCCUUACUACGUGGAUUUCGUUGUGGACACAGCUAAUUCGCAGUCUUUAAGCAUUAGCAUAGGCCCUUCGAGUUUGAGCAAUCCCUCUAGAGUCAAUGCAAUUCUGAAUGGGGUGGAGAUCAUGAAGUUGAACAAUUCUAUGGGUAGUCUGGAUGGAGAGCUCUCUUUGGGUCCUAUUAUGCAGAGUUUACCUAGAGAAAAAACCAGUGGUUUUAUGCCUUCAGUCAUUGGGAUAAGCUUGAUGAUUGCUAUUGCUGGUGUUGUGUACAGGAGAAGGACUGAGGUCAGAGACUAUGUGGCAUGGUCACCUUUGCCUGUGGAUGCUUCAGAACGCAAUUCAAAUUCAAAUUAUAGAUGCUAACUGUUUCCAAGCAAUUUAAAUCCUUCUAAAUGAUUGGUGAUUGUUUUCUUGGUAUGUAACAAUGUAUCUUACUUGGGGCAUUUGUAGCAAUGAUGCUAGUUUCUCCAUGACAUGGUAUGUUAGAAUCGUCCAGAUGAGUUUGUAACUGCAUGUAGAGUAUUACUUUUAGAGUUCAAUCCGAAAAUUGUAUCAGCUUUUGGUUGAUGUGGUUUGUAUUCCAUGAGUGGUCCUGUUUGAGAGUGUAAUGCUGCAUAUUAAGUCAGUUAUUCAUAAAAUCUAUACCCAGUCAAAUCACUUGGAAGUGGAAAUAUAAGUCAAAUGGAUUGUCCUUUCUAUAUUGCUAUGAACACUUUACCUCAGAUUUGAUAACAUCCAAUUGUGAUGCUCCUUUCCUCUUUCUCCCACAUCAAGCCUUGUAUAA